AUGAUUAAGAAGAGGGGGACCAAGGAUAGGAAGAAAGGGAGGAAGUUCAAGAGGAGAGGGAAGGGAAUAGUGUCAGAAGGGGAUAGUGAUGUAGAUAUUGAAGACUAUUUUGCCCUACUGUCGAUUGAGUCUUUGGAGUAUGAUACUUUUGUGAAGAAGAGAAUCUUGCAGGAGGAAAAUAAGCAGCCAAAAAUAGAACAUACGAGGGUGAACUCUAAUACAAUUCAACAGAAGAAAAGAGUGAUUAGUCCUAAGCCAUUAGCCUUACCUACCUGAGUAAAAUUAAAUAACGAGAAACAGAAAAUUUUUGAAAAUCUAACCGAGAAAAAGCCAACUACUAAAACUGCCAACAAGAGAGUGAGGAAGAAGAACACUUUCAGCCCUGAUCCUAUACCUUGUAAUAAUUCCAAUUCUGUGGUUAAGAACUUUUUAUUGAAGGAUCUAACCUCUGUAAUAAACUUAAGAAAUAUUUAUGCUCCUAAUCAAGGUCCUAAUGAGAAAGAGCUGCUUUCCCAAAGUAUGCGGCUGGAGAAAGAAGGAACUAAAGCCUAUAUUAUCAACAAACUCAAACUGAAAAGAAUCCAAAAUAUAGUAGAUAGUGGCAAUAUCCCAAGUGCUAUGAAACCAGCCAUUACACUGAAGGAAAUCACUCAAAAAUUGAUGAAGGAAAAAUAUGAAUAUAACUUGGUCCCACAGAAGAAGACAGUCCUUCCAGCCCAUCUUGCCAAAGGACUUUCAAAGAGGUCGAAGAAAAUGAUCGAAGCUUAUCAAAUAAAGAUCAAAUAAAGCAGUAGUUGGCAAAAAGAAAACUAGCAUUGAAGAUAAGAAAUCAAGCUUUAGGUCUGAUUUUGAUAUGAACUUCAGCACUAAGACCAAUACUUUUUACGGUGAUAGGACUGAUACAAAGAGAAAUACGGAUGCAAAGGUAAAAAUACAGCAAAGCUACUCUUCUAACUGCAAAGUCAUUUUUCCUCCACAUAUUACAAGUGGAAGAAUCAAUGGAAUGGACUUAGGAGGUAAAAUAUCUAAGGCAAACAGUCCUAAGCGUAAUGUAACAAUGGAUGCUAGUAACACAAAUCAUCCAAUCAGGAAUAUUCAGGAUAUCACACUUGAAAGGAUAUCCUCUCCAAAUGAAAGACUAAAGAGCCCAAUUGUCAAUAAUGAUUUAGCUAGACUUCUGACUUAGCCAGGACGAAUAACUUGUGUAAAGUUAUUCGUACACUCUUGUUUA